UCUUAGAAAGAUGAGCGUUGGUUUAUACCUCUAAACACAAAAGUUUAACCCCAUUCAUUAAACGACUCCGCACCCCUGAUAAAUGCCAACCGGAUCGCCCAAGAGGACCAUCAUUCCAUGGCAAUGUUCUCCAGCCAGAUGACUUCCACUCCUUUCUCAGUGCGGGACAUAUUGAACCUGGAGCAAAAUCAGGAGGACUUGGUCUCUCUGGACAUGUCUCAGCGGCUGGACAGUGCCCUAAUUCCGACCUCAUCCUGCAUGCUGUCCACUUUCAAGCAAGAGCAGUUCAUGGAAAUGCCAUCGGGAGCCUCUCUCUUCAGCGAAGAGCUCCAGGACGACAAAGGCAACAAAAACGGCUCUCUGAACUUCGGUACCGCUGCCUUUUAUGGGAAGAACUUCCUAGAAAUGGACUAUGUUAAAGAGACAAAGACAGACGACACGUUUGAAGACAAAGAGAAAAAAGACAUCAGCUGUUCUCAGGAAGAUCCAAGUGAAGAUCUGAAGCUGGACGAUGCGGAUCGGCCCAAACAGAGGAAAAGGAGAAAGCCUCGUGUUCUCUUCUCUCAAGCGCAGGUGUACGAGCUGGAGCGACGCUUCAAACAGCAGAAAUACCUCUCCGCACCUGAGAGAGAUCAUCUAGCCAACGUGCUGAAACUCACCUCCACACAGGUGAAGAUCUGGUUCCAGAACAGACGCUAUAAGUGCAAGAGGCAGCGUCAGGAUCAGACCCUGGAGAUGGUGGGCAUCGCUCCUCCGAGACGCAUCUCGGUGCCGGUUUUGGUUCGGGAUGGAAAGCCGUGCCUGGGCGACACGUCCACAUACAACACCUCGUACAACGUGGGGAUCAAUCAUUUCACCUACAACACCUACCCGGCGUUUAGUAACUUCCCGAGUCCGGGCAACACGAACUACUCAUGCAACUACCCGUCGAGCAUGUCCAGCAUCCAGCCCUCACAGUCCAACAGCAACUAUGUGAACUUUGGAGUUGGGGAUCUAAAUAACGUCCAGGCUUCGUUUCAGUCCAGCAGCGGGGUUCCUUCACUACACGGCAUACGAGCUUGGUGAAAACAAGAACUUUAUUGCAUGCAUGCAUCAUUUCUAUGGACAUUUACAUUUAAAUGACAUUUUCAUAAUUGAUUAUUUGAAUAGCCGGGCCGGAUGAUUUUGCUCUGUCAGAUGCAAGAUACGUUCUUUUUCAGGCUUUAAUAUCUACGCAUCCUUUUCUUUAAAAACAUGUCUGAAUAAUUUGCUUGCACUUGAGUUAAAUUAUGAGAGAUAAACCGCACGUCAAAUAGGUAGAUUAUUUAUAAUUUUCACCAGGCCUGUGUAGCCUAUAAAACUCGGGCGAAGUUAAGUUUCUUUCUUUCUUUCUUUUUCAAGGUCAGUCUCACUUUUAUACAAAAUUGUCAGACAAAUGAUAUAGACUGUAACCAAUAAAUGCCAUCAAUUAACUAUUAAUACUAAUCAGUAAAUUUCUUUGUGUAUAGCCAAAAAGUACCGCACGAGUACGGUUCGAGUUUGUUAUUAAUUUGUUUGUGUAAGUCUGUAACAUUUUGAAAGAAAAUAAAGCCUUUUCAAGAAUGUAUGCAAUUAUUAUUUGUUUGUGUAAUAACAAUUCAAAUAGUAGCACAUUAACAACA